AGUUUCAUUUCGCAUGUUCGUUAAUCUUGGACCGUUCGAUUUAUCUCUUCGAGCUAUUUGUUAUUUUUUUUUGCUUGAGGACAAGCAAAAAGCUAAGUGUGGGGGAGUUGUUUGUUAUGUUUUUGUGCUUAUUUUUAUGUGUUUCUUUGUGUGCUCGA